AUGCUCCCGCGGCUGAUGCUCCUGCUGUGGCUGCUGAAAGGUGAAAUCCCCGGAGCUCAUGGAGGAUCUUCUCUGGACGCGGCCAGGAGUUUGGUGUGGGGUCCUGGGCUGGACCCAGAGGUGGUCCUGCCUGCCCGCUACUUCUUCAUACAAGCGGUGGACGGCAAGGGGAGAAACCUCACGUCGUCCCCCGGGGAGAAGGCCUUCAAGGUGAACAUGGAGACCGAUGCCGAGGCCUUCACCAGGAUCUGGGUGCAGGUGCUGGAUCGGCAGGACGGAUCCUUCCUGGUGCGGUACCGGAUGUACGCCUCCUACACAGACCUGCACAUCCACAUCCAGCACAAGGACAAGCCGGUCGGCAAGUCUCCCUACGUCCUCAAAGGCCCGGUCUACCACGAGGCCUGUAACUGUCCGCAGCCCAGUGGAGCUGAGUGGGAGAAACGCAUGAAGUGUCCCGACUCCUUUCCUCAGAUCGACGAGGACCUGUCCGUCUUCAGGCACGUGGACCCUGACCUCAUCGCCCGCGAGGUCCCGGCCCGGUUUGGACAGAGACAGAGCCUGUGUCACUACACCCUCAAGAACAACCAGGUCUAUGUCAAAACGUUUGGUGAACAUGUGGGAUUUCGGAUUUUCAUGGACUCAAUUCUUCUGUCACUGACCAGAAAGGUACAACUUCCAGAUAUUGAGUUCUUUGUAAAUCUUGGGGACUGGCCCUUGGAGAAGAGUAAGUCCACAGCCAAAAUCCAUCCCAUCUUCUCCUGGUGCGGCUCCAACAACACCAGAGAUAUUGUGAUGCCGACAUACGACCUGACCGAGUCUGUGCUGGAGACCAUGGGGAGAGUGAGUCUGGACAUGAUGUCGGUGCAGGCAAACACCGGGCCCCCGUGGCCCCAGAAGAACAGCACAGCGUUCUGGAGGGGCCGCGACAGUCGGCAGGAGCGACUGGAACUGGUGAAGCUGUCCAGAGCUCAUCCAGAUGUGAUCGACGCCGCCUUCACCAACUUCUUCUUCUUCAAACACAACGAGAGCCUCUACGGGCCGCUGGUCAAACACGUCUCCUUCUUUGACUUUUUCAAGUACAAAUAUCAGAUCAACAUGGACGGCACGGUGGCGGCGUAUCGGCUGCCGUACCUGUUGGCGGGGGACAGUUUAGUGUUGAAGCAGGACUCUGGAUACUACGAGCACUUCUACAGCCAGCUCCAGCCCUGGAUCCACUACGUCCCCAUCAGAGCAGACCUGAGCGACCUCCUGGAGAAGAUCCAGUGGGCCAAAAACCACGAUGACCAGGCUCGAAGCAUCGCACAGAGAGGGCAGCAGUUUGCCCGCAGUCACCUCAUGGGAGACCAGAUAUUUUGUUACUACUAUAAACUGUUCCAGAAAUAUGCCGCACUUCAGAUUACGGAGCCAAAAGUGCGUGAAGGUAUGGAGCUAGUGGAGCAUCCCACUGACGACCUGUUCCCCUGUGACUGUCAGAGGACCAAGCCAAACACAGAGGCUAAGGAUGAACUGUGA